AUGGGUCAAUCGCAAGCAUAACCGAUGAAAGCAUUAUUUAAUGUAGGAAGUGAUAAUGUAUUCUAUUAAAACAUAUUAAAUAAUAGGAAUUUUAAGUGAAAUUAACCUUAUUCUUAGGUUAGGAUUCACCUCCAAUUUUACCUAUAGAAGCUAGAGAAAUCAUUAAGCAUGAAAAAUUUGCAUAAUUAUUAGAAUUACUUAUUGAAAGAAUGCAACAUGAGAAUAAUAAAGUUGUUUAGAACACCUUAAAGAAUUUAACAAUUUUCAUUCCAAUAUUAUUGGCAGAAAAUCAUCAAUUAAUAAUAUCUAAUAACUCUAGAGUAGAAGUAGAGGUAGUGAAUAGAAUAACAGUUGUUAAAGCUGAUGAAGAUAUAGAACCAUUGGAUGCUGCUAAUUUAGCUUAACCAAGAAUAUUUAGAAUUAUUGAUAAUCUUAUGAUUUUAUUAUUUCGUCCUGGAUUUACAAUAUAAGGGAGAGAUACAUUUAGUUUAGAAAAUGAUCCUAGAUUAAAAUCUUUGCUUAAGUAAUGGUUAGAUAAGGAUAUCAAAUUGAAACUAGAAAAUAUUUGGAGAGGUCUAGCUACAUUGACAAAAUAUCCAAAUGAUCAAAAACAAUAUUAUGAAAAUAGAGUCUUAGUUUUAAGUUGUCUAUUAGCAUGUUUGGAGGAAUAAUUAUAUCUAAAAGAGCCAAAAUCAAGUUAAGCAUUAUCAUAUUUAGCAUUUGAAGAUCAUGUUGAAAUGUUUGCUUCUCUUUGGGCAGUUAUAUUAUUUCAUAAACAUGGAUACUUUUGGUUUUAAGAUAAUUUAUUAUAUUAAUAAAAAACUUGUAGAUAUAUGGCAAUUUUAAGUGCAUAAAUUUUAAAUAUUAUUUUUUCUUUUGAAUCUGAUGAAAACAAAUUUAGAAAGAUAGUUAUUGAAACUAAUUUACUUGAUUAUUCAUUUGACUUAUUGAUAGAAAAUACUUAGCAAUCCCUUAUUUCUGAUUCAAACUUUAUUACAACUAAAGGUCAUGAUAAUAAAGGAGUACAAGAGUUUUUAGGUUUACUUUAUUUUUUGUUAACUAAAAAUAAAUAUGCAGAAGAUUACUUGAAACAUCUAUCAAAAUAAAGAAUUAUUAAUUUAUUAUAAUUAUUAUUGUAUUAUAUUGCAUAAUUUAUGGACAAUGAAGUUAAUUAUGAAGUUUAUUAAAUAUCAUUAGAAUUGUUAGACUAUUUAUUUAAUUUUGAAAAUAUAGGAAAGAUAUCAUAAGAAAUAGUUGAUGUUUAAUAUAGAGUAAAGGUUUUACCUAUUACUUAUGGAACUUAUUAAGAUUAUAUAUUGAGUUAUUAUAGUCAUCUUUUGCUUUUAGAUUUUAGAAGUAGAACAAAAUUUUAUGUUGAGCGUUUCAAAAAGAAAAAUCAUAAUUAUGAAAAUAUGGGAUAUCUAAUACAUUAUAAACCAGAACUAUUAUGUAGAACAAUAUAUAAAAUGUCAUAAUUUACAAAAUAAAUUUCAUUAGAUGCAUCACUCAUAUUUGAUGAAGCAAUAAAAAAAUAUUACCUAUAUGAAUUUUUAUUUUUAAACACAACAUAAAUAAGCAAUCAAGAAUUAUUGACAUUGGCAUUAUUUAAUUUUAUAAAGAAUGGUUGUUGGACAGUUUUGUAUUAAUUACUUUAGAAUUGUGAAUAAAUUGUUAAAUUCUAAUUUACAGAUAAAAAGUUAUUCAAAUUUUUUUAAUGUUGUGAUGAAGUUGAAUAAGAAUUACAGAAUAAACAAACAAAUAAAUCAGAAUAAUUAGAAAGUAUAAUUAUAUUCUAUAAUUAGGAUUUUAGAGUUAUAUGGAAAUAUGGAAAGAUGUUAAGGGGAGAUUCUAAGGUAUUCAUAUUUAAUAGUUAAAAUAAAUAAUUGGGAUUACUUUUUAAUUAUUAAAUUCAGCUAGUAAAGUAAUUUAUGGAAUAAGUAAAGAAGAAUUUAUAAAUUUAUUUAAAAAAACUAGUUGGUCCUUUAUUUUAGAGUUUUAAGUUGAACUUGAAAAACGAGAUUUUCGUUUGGAUAUCUAUGCUUUUAAUUAGUACAAACAGUAACUUGAAUACAUGCCAUUAAUUGAUUUAGAAAAAUGCAUUUUUAUUUGA